GGAGGCUGUGGUAGUGUCGAAGUGUGAACAGAAGGUCAGGAAGUGGGUGCCAUGAACAGAGAGACAAUUGUUACUGGAGUUGGGCACAUAGGCUUCAAGUUAAAGACGUCAGGUUAGAGGUGAACAGUCGUCGUAAUUUUCGACGAUUCGUUGGUUAUUUGGACGAGAAAACAGAGAGUUUUGGACGUGGAUCAGAGCCGCGGCGUAGUUCGAAGGUUACCGACAGCGAAGAGGUGGAACAGAAGGAAUGAGAUGCGGGAGCGCUAGGAUGAGAGAUUCCUGGGAGGCUCUGGACCCGAGGCCCGAGGGCGUGUUGCGCUUGGCAGAGCGAUUUGCGAGGUUGGGGGGACGUGGUUUGCGCCGGCGGCCUCGAUGAUACCACGACCGCUGCCUACAAUUGUGCCUCUCGCUAACACCGGCCGCCUUUCCUUUUUCCAACAUGCUGACUCUUAGGAGUCCUCCACCCGAUCUAGGAGCCGCCCGUGUGUUUCCGAUUUCUAGUAUAACGCGAAUGCUGCCUCGUUUUUCUUUCGUUGCUCAGUUUGGAUCUGGCUUCUGAUGAGACGACUUUUUUUUUUUUUAGCUAUCCAUGCGUCUAGCUGAGACUACGUGGGCCUGCCUUGCGAUUCCGCGUGCGAUUCCGCGUGCGAUGCCACCGUCGUCGUCGUCGUCGUUGUUUCUGCUGCUGUUGGAUGCCUUGUUUUGUUGCGAAUGUUGAUUGCGGCGGACCGCAUCUUCUGGACUCAGUGUCGAAGUGCGACUGUCGGCCGAUAUGAGUUUGUGAAAUCAUGUGAGACGAAUUGAGUUUGUGUGGUCAAUGGACGUCAAAUGUUCUAAGGUUUUUGGUUCGCGUUUUUGGCUUCAGGUGAUGGUGAUCUACAGUGGCAAGAGUUGGAAUCUUUUUCUUGAGGAAGCCUUAAAUCUGAGAAGUGCUGCGAGGUUGUAGUGAUAAAUAAUUGGAUCGUAGCUGGGAAGUUUUCAUUUCAACGUUAUUCUUCUAAGAUGGUUUUGUGUCUGCUGUGUUUAUCAUACCCUGACGACUAUGUGUGGGGUUUACGAUCCAGCAAGAGCUGUGGCAGCAUUCGAGGUGACAUUGUGUGAAGCGGUGAAGGGACUAGCUCUGUUUUUGUGGUGUACUGAUGGAAGUGGUAACUGUACGGAGCUAAGAUUGGAGUUCAUUUCUUAGCCACGACUGCAGACAGUGCAAUUCUUCUAGCUGCGCAUAGGAGUUUUAUUUUUUUAUUUUUUUAUUUUUUUUCUCACUGCAAUGACAUCCUUGAUCGUUUGUGCUUCUUUGUAGCCCCGAACUUUAAGAGAUUGUGACUCCACCGUAGAUCGGUUAUUGUAUACACUGUGCUAUUCUUCCCGAUCGAGUCCGAUUCACUGUUUCCUGAUAAUCUUCGAUCUCUGAUCUACGAAUGCGGGUCGAUUGGUCCCCUCAAGAAGAGGAGCAACAGAAUGAAAGUCUAAAGAGUCAUGGUGCGGGCGGGUUGGCUUGGGUGGGUAGUUGCUCAGUACAAAAGCCUCAACAGGGGGUUUAUGUCGCAUGUAGAUGGUCCAUAGUGGCGUAGAAAUGGCAUGGGAAAGCCCACGGUACGACAAAGCCUUAUAUUGGAGUCCUAACGACCUCGUGGAUGCUUCUGUCGAAGUGCUGAUCUCGUUUUUAGUGCUUAUUUGCACGAUUCUCAACUUAAUCACGUCUUUCAGUAUACGAGUGACUGGAUUCCACAUUCCUUGUUCUUGCUGCUCGCAUGUACCGAGAAGUGAGUUGAGGAGCACAGUCGAAGCUACUAAAUACUCUUUUGCAUCUCCAAAGUUCAAAUCAAUCGCUACCCCUGUUGUAAGUGAAGUUGGCUUGUACGAGUUCCAUCGUAGUGAUGACCUUUUCAGGGAUCUAGAGCUGAAGAAACCCGCAGACCUGACCCCCAGCUGUGAAUAUGAAGAGAGCAGUCCUGCGCGGUCAUCAUUGGAUGAUUUCAACGACCGAAGUCACGAGCAUGUAGACAGGGAGCAGUAUGUGAAAGCUCAAGAGAUUCUGCGUGCUCUGCAGUCGGAACGUGAAGUCAUGGCUGCUCUCUACAGUGAGUUGGAAGAGGAGAGAAAUUCUUCCGCAACAGCUGCAAGUGAAGCCCUUGCCAUGAUCUCCCGGCUACAAGAAGAGAAAGCAGCCGUUCAGAUGGAAGCCCGGCAGUUUCAGCGGAUGGUGAUGGAGAAGGCCAUGUAUGAUCAGGAGGCAAUUGAAGUCUUAACAGAAAUCCUUGGAAAACGCGAGGAUGAGAGACUUGCACUAGAGGAGGAGCUCGAGCUUUACAAGGAGAAGUUAGAAUCUGUGCUGGCGGAAGAGAGGGAUUAUGCUGAAAUAGUUGGAAGGGACUAUGCUCCUUUGCUGUUGCUAGAGAGAACUCCCGCGGAGGAAAAGUACAUUUCUCCGAAAUCUGAACGAGCAGAGCUCCCGGUGUCCCGAAGGAUCACUCCCAAUGGAAGGAUUCCAAAGGAUGAGAAGAUUACUCCUACUGGAGCUCGCGAUAGAACCACUCCGAAUGGAAAGACGGGCAAGGAUGAGCGAACCACUCCUAAUGUGAAAACGGGGAAGGAUGAGAGGAUUACACCAAAUGGAAGGCUUGCGAAGGAGGAAGAAGCUGAAUUUCUUGAUAGGCUCAAUAAGACUAAGAGUCAGCUUCUGACUGCUCUGUUACAGGAGAGGAUUCCUGACAGUGCGAGCACUUUGGACGAUUCAGCGGCCUUCGCUAAUGAGAUCCACAAAGCGAUGGCCAAAGUUCCUGUGAGAGCUGAAAGUCUUCCAAUUUUGGAACACGAAUGUUACAAGCCUUCGUUAGGGCUGGCUACGAUCAAGAUAGGUCGUGAAAUAGGUCUACCCGUUCCUCCUGCAUUUGAUAAGAAACAGACUGAGAAGGGAUUAACGAAGGACGCAAAGCAAGCUGUUGAUGAACAUCUCUUUGUCAGUCGCAAGCCAAAUCCUCCUACAAUCGCUACGAAACAGAUGGAAAGGGCCGUGACGAAAGAUGCUGGGAAAACUCUUGACGAGCACGUUCUAGUCAGCCGUGAGCCAACUCCUCCCCCUAUUCCUAAGAAGCCCAUCGAGAAGACAAACAAUGCACCAAAGGUUUCUAGAGAGCCUGUCUUAAUUUCUCAGAGGAACAGCUUGCCGGCUCUUCCUGCUAUAAUUGCAAAGAAGCAGCCAUGUGUGGGUAAGAUACCUGGUAAAGCUGAUGAGCCUACAGUUACCAGUCGUGAGACUCGUCUGCUAGAUCAUCCUGCAGAUGUUAAGAAGCAGAAUGAGAAUUCAUUGGUGAAGGAUGACAGUGAAGCUGCUUGUGAGCCUCUGUUUGCCAGUCUGAAGAGAAGGUGGAGCUCCUGCGAUUUUCAGGAAACAUCAGUAGCUGAGUCUCUACCGAAAGCGAAGGAAGAUAGACGUAUAGAAGAAAAGAGGUUAUCGGUGUUAGAGUAUGUGAGGAAUUUGGAAGAGCAACUUCAACAGAAAGCAGGGAGACCCACUGCCCAGCUUUCUAGGGCAAGAAGUGUUGAUGGGAGAGAGGACGAUUCUAGGUCCAGGAGUUCUGUUCAAUUCGAAAGAUCUGUUUCAGUGAAGACAGAGAGUGCAGGCGGAGGUGAAAGAGAGGAAACAGUGCAGCGAAGACUUUUCGCGGAAGUUGAAUCUGUGGACAAAGAGCUAAACGUGACUUCUUUGCAAGGUGAGGGCGUCGGCAGGAUCUAUUCGCAGGAGCGGAGCUUCAAUGCUGGAAGCAAUGGUAAAGCCAGUGUCGAUGCAGAUGAGUUCUAUGUCGAUGCUGGAAAACUAGAAGAGAACGAUGAUGAAGCGUUGUUUGUACACGAUGUCUAUGAGGUGUAGAACCACCUUCAUGCAGUUCCUUCACGGUUUUAUGUCUAGGUUGCAGGCCUUAUGUCAGCUCUGAACAUGCUAUCUCCUGUUCCAAGCUGCUUAGAGAAGCCACCGAUUUCCAAUUUUGUGGAACAGGGUUUGCGAAACAUCAAUGAACAAGACAUGUAUUUGGAGUAAUGUUGUAUCCUUUUCACAAUAACAACAUGACCUGGCUUUGAGGUGUGGUGGAAACAUUUACAAAGAAUAGCAGUAUAUAUAUAUAUAUAUAUAUAUGGAAUCUUUUCA